AUGCAGCAAGUGAACUCGACUCCCGGCGCUGCGGCUACUCUCAUACUGGAAGAUCAGCUCAAACGGAUCAUUACUCAUGAUGCUCGGAUGAUACAUAAGCAGAAAAUGGCCGGGCUUAUUCCCCGAGGAUCCGAUUCGCCUUUCGGAAACUUCCCACCAGAUUACAAGCCUAAGAAAAACCUCAUGAACACUGUUGGACUAGCGAGGACGAGACCGCAGGCAGUGGACAAGAGUGCUGGGAGGUCUCGUUGCAUACCACCACCCAAGGCAGGGGCGUAUAGCCGGAAGCCAAUCAAACCUACGGAGUUCAGGAAGUUCUAUGAUCGAGGAGAUCUACCUAUACAGAUAUCACACGCUGGGACGUGGAAUAAGAUAGCAUGGAAGGUUGAUAUCGACAAGUUGGAUUAUCACCACUACCUACCUAUAUUCUUUGACGGUAUUCGUGAGAAGGAGGAGCCGUAUCGAUUCCUAGCAGUGGAAGGUGUAUAUGACUUGCUCGAGAGAGGUGGUGGUAAGAUACUACCAGUCAUACCACAGCUCAUCAUACCGAUCAAGACCGCCCUCAAUUCACGAGAUCCCGAGGUCAUCGCCACGACUCUGAAGAUGCUCCAGACGUUAGUCUUAUCGGCUGAGAUGAUAGGGGAGGCGUUGGUACCUUAUUAUAGGCAGAUCUUGCCCAUCUUUUACAUUUUUAAGAACUCCAAUAUUUAUUCGAAAGAUAAGAUGGAAUACGGUCAGAGGAAGCGUUUAGUGUUGGGAGAUCUAGUAGAGGAGACUCUGGAGAUCUUCGAGGUCCACGGUGGGGAGGAUGCCUUUAUUAAUAUCAAGUACCACUACUAA